AUGCUGAGCGUGAACACGUCGCCAAUGCAGGCUCCAGGGAUCAGCACCACGGAGGAGAGGUUCCUUCAGGCUGAGCAUUUCGUUACUGUCGUGCUCUCCCGACUGGAAAAAGACCCCAUGUCGGUGUCUCCACGCCUCUGGGCCUUCCAACAGCAGCCUACAGCGAAUCGACUGUGGGCCUUCAAGCAGCAAGCGCUGGUGGGCUCGUGCGAUGUUUCCCGUGGCUCGAGGAAAUACGAGGAGCUGAACCCGCAGAGAAACGCCACAGGGCUACUAGGCUUCCACUGCUGCCAAUUUGUCGCUGGAGACGACUCGAAAUUGAAAAUGUGGCAGAAGCUCGGCGAUAUGUCGGCGGAGGAAGCUCAACGCGAAUACAUCCGCGUCGUAGAAGACGUGCUGCCUCAAUGGCAGUCGCCUCCGAGUUGGGAUGGAGCCUUAUUGCGCACCUGGACACCAGACGACUGUAGCGACCGCUGCUCUGUGUGUCACGAGGUCUUCACCUUCUUAAAUCGCCGUCACCAUUGUCGCCGUUGUUUGAAUCUCGUGUGUGCUGUGUGUUCUCCGCACACAGUUCCGCUUCGAGUGUUCUCGGAGCCUGUGGGCAAACGUCAACGAGUAUGUGCGACUUGCUUCGAUGAGAUUGGCGAGGCUGCUCGUCGUGGUUCUUUUACCAGCACUAGCGAGCAAGUGCGUGAAGCUACUGUACCCAUUCCAGUCGAGGAACAGGAGACAGACAAUGGCGAGGCUUCGUCUGAGGCACUAACGUCGUCGCCCGCGAUUCACUUGGGUACACUGGACUUCCUCCAGGGAGCGUACGGACAAGGCUCGAAAGUCUACAGAAAGACGUGGAGCUCCUUCUUCUUCGUCCUACUUGUACGUAAAGGCUCGUUGGGUAUGUUUGCGUCCCAAGCCGAGCAUCUGGCAGGCAGUGAACCUCCAGCUGCAGUAUUUAAACUCAGUGGCUACACGCUGCGAAUCAGGUCGCAACCCAAGCAACCGCAUCAAUUCCGCCUCACGCAUAGUAGUAAAGGAGGCAGCCCCAAGAAGACGUUGCACUUUGCAGCUUCAAGUCUCGAGGAGAUGAACGGCUGGAUCGCUGCUUUGAUCAAAGCUAUCGCUGUGGCUGAUGAGCUUGAACGUUGGCAAUCAUAG